UGCGUGUGCACGCGCACUUGUCUCUCAUUCUCAGUGCACGACAUAUGGGCACGCGAAGUUAAACCGCACAAAUAUCAAUACUGUCCAACGGUCUGAAUCCUCGUAGAUAUUCGCGUCCCAUUCCAGAAAACUUCGUGGGAAAUUCACAGGCUUAAUUUUACGGAUUAAGAAUUCUUCAUUUCAAGAUUCGGAAGACAAUAAUAAACAGUAAACACACUGUGUUUCAUAAAGGGAUUGAAAUGUUUCCGACCAAGGCGAUAAUCUUGGUGCUUCUUUUCUUUGGCAGCGCAGUUUCUCUGCAGGUCGAUAUUACACCUGCACAGAGCGAGAUCAGUGUUGGAGAGUCUCGGUUCUUUUUGUGUGAAGUUAUCGGUGGGGCCAAGGAAAUCGAUUGGUUCGCUCCAACCGGGGAGAAAAUCGAGCCCGGCAAACAAGACGUCAGUGUUAUUCGCAAUGACGAGACGUCUUCCACUCUCACCAUCUACAAUGCAAAGGUCGACAAUGCCGGGACAUAUAGAUGUGUGGCCAGCAGCGGUGAUCAGGAUGCUGAAGCUACAGUCAAUCUGAAGAUAUACCAAAAAAUCACUUUUACAAAUGUCCCAUCACCUCAAGAGUUCAGUGAAGGAGACAAUGCCAUUAUUGUGUGUGAUGUCAUAAGCUCACCCCCACCCACUGUUCUCUGGAAAUACAAAGGUGCAAAGAUCCAGUUUGAAAAAGAUGUUCGUUUCAGGACACUGAAUAACAACCAUCUCGAAAUCCGAGGGAUCAGGAAGACAGAUGAGGGGGUGUACACUUGCGAGGGCCGCAUUAAAGCCCGUGGAGAAGUUGACUUCCGCAGCAUUAAAGUGGUUGUUAACGUCCUGCCCACUAUAAGAAUCCGUCAAGCUGAAACGAAUGCCACUGCUGACAAUGGCUUCUCAACCCUACUGGCCUGUGAUGCUGAUGGAUUUCCUGAGCCGAUGGUGACCUGGGUGCGGAACAACAUUCCACUGGAGAGCGGGGAUAAAUACAACUUCAAUGAAGACGGCUCAGAGAUGACAAUACAAGAUGUGACAAAGCUGGACGAGGGAGAUUACACGUGCAUUGCUUCGAAUAAAGCUGGGAAGAGCGAACAAGAACUUAGCCUUAAAGUCUUUGUGCAACCCAAAAUCACAUAUUUGGAAAGCCAGACUACCACGGAAAUGGACGAACGGGUCACGUUAACAUGUGAGGCCACCGGAGACCCCACACCCACCAUUACCUGGAGCUUUGGCACCAAAGUCUUCACCGAGGGAGAGCAGGAGCACCAAAAGAGGAUUUAUCAGGCCUCUUGGACUCGGCCCGAACAGCACAAGAGUCCUGAUGGUGAAGUGUUGGUCCGCAGUGACGCCCGCGUGUCUUCUCUCACCCUGAAGUACGCUCAAUACACAGACGCCGGCGAGUAUCUCUGCACCGCCCGCAACGCCAUCGGAGAGACGUCGCAGCCCGUGUAUCUGGAAGUGCGCUACUCCCCAAAAAUCUUGGGACCAGUAGCUGUGUACACGUGGGAGGGUAACCCGGCCAACAUCAGCUGUGAAGUGCUGGCUCACCCCAGCGAUGUGUCUAUUACGUGGCUGAGAGACGGCCUCCAGCUGCCUAACGCUAACACCUCCAAUAUCAAGAUCUACAACAGGCCUUCCGCCAGCUACCUGGAGGUCAGUCCAGAGUCUCAGAGCGACUUUGGCAACUACAAUUGUACUGCCUCCAAUGAGAUCGGGACUGAAUCCAGAGAGUUCAUCAUGAUACCAGCUGAUGUGCCCUCGGCGCCGUCCAUCACUCAAGUGCUACCGUACUCCAGCACGGCUCAGGUGCUUUUCGAAGAGCCCGUGUCCACUGGAGGAGUUCCUGUGCUCAAGUACCGAGCCGAGUGGAGAGCUGUGGGUCGAGGGAAAUGGGUGCAGCGAGUCUAUGAGGUGAAAGAUGCAGGACUGAAUUCAGUCACAGUCACCGGCCUUAAACCCGAAAACGAUUACGAAGUCAAGAUGUCUGCCAUCAACGGCAAGGGCGAAGGCGACAGCAGCCAGUCAUUGGUCUUCAAAACCGAGCAAGUCCGUUAUUCUAUCACAAAUGGGAUUUUUCAUUUUCAUACUGAGGACACAGAAGGAGAACCCAGUCCUCCUAUACUCGAGGGAACUCUGCACUCCAAAGGCAAUGCUCUCAAAGUAAAAUGGACCAAACAAGACGAUGGCGGGUCACCAAUCACCCAUUAUUUGGUCAGAUACAAACCUAGGGAAGACCCUGACUGGAAGCCUGAGAUCCGUCUUCCCAACGUGAGCGAGUACCUAAUGCUGACCGGUCUGGAAUGGGACACGGAGUAUGAUGUGUUUGUGGUGGCAGAGAACCAGCAGGGCAAGUCCAAGCCGGGUACCCUGACCUUCAAAACCUCGUCUGAGCCUGCAGCUACCACAGACUCCAUGGAAGAUGGAACGGGCCUGAACACUGGAGUAAUUGUUGGUAUUCUUAUAUUGGUGUGUGUGCUGCUCUUGCUGAUCGUGGACGCCACCUGCUGCUUCCUCAACAAGUGUGGCAUCCUCAUGUGCAUCUGCGGUAAACCCGGGCAAGGCACCAAGGGCAAAGACAUAGAGACGGGCAAAGCGGCCUUUGUUCAAGAUGUGUCUAAAGAACCCAUUGUGGAAGUUAGGAUAGAGGAAGAGGCCACAGCCAAUCACGACGCAGAAGGACAUCCUGAGCCCAAUGAGACCACCCCACUGACCGAACCAGAGCAAGGGACAAGAACUGCCGCCGCAGUGGUGGACUUGCCUCUUUCCGUGCCCACUAACUCAGACACAAACACUGACACCUUUGACCUUAGCCAGAGCAGCCCAGUUAGCGAGAGCACCACUCUCACCUCCAGCAUCACAGCGCCCCCUUCUGACUCUCCUAACCCCAUCCAUAUGACACCACCCGACAGCAGCACACCAAAAACUCACACCAAACCCUCCAUCUCAUCUCCCUCAUCCUCCGACCCGGCUAAUGUUACUCUCCUGGUAGACCUGGGCGAUGCCCCAAAAACACAAGCUGAGGUUCCUCUAGUGAUCCCGUCAGAAGGACCCCCUUCCCUUCCCGGCGUUGCAAACUCAAAAGUCACAGAAAACGAAUUAGAGUCGCCCGAGUCUGUUCAGGGUGCAUCUCAUGACACUUUAAAUCCCAUCAGCCCACAGGGCAGUGUCGCUAUCCCCUUAGUGAAUCAUGAACUUGAGAUUGAUGGAGAACUCCCACUGGCUCCAGACACAGACGUCCCACAGGAUGGGUCACAUGCUGUGGGGACAGCUGGCUCCAGUGGCCCAUCUGCUCCAGCACAGGACGAGAAAAUUCUGGAUAAUGAGAGGAGGACGACCAAAAACACAGAGCUGAAGAAAGUUGUGCCCGGCACGGGAGCAGAACCCAACGCCCUCUCGCAAACAAACAACACUGAAAGUAAAGCAUGAAAAGAAGAAUGAAGCGUCGUGGUGACCAGGAACGUGUUUGUUUAACAGUGCCCUUAAUGAAUUUCUGAACAAAACAGUGUAUAUUCUACAGACAGUAGUCAUGUAGGCAUUUCCUUUCAUUUUUGUUGAUUUGAGUAGGCUACACUUUCAGAAAUUUCUGUUCGAGGAGUCAAAUUCAUAUUCAAAGAUGUUCUUGUGUUUCUUCAUUCAUGUUUCCAUCAAAAGGAUGAUUAUGACAACAGGGCAUCAAGUUAUUCAGGAGAAUUAUCUUUUCAGUAUACAUAAACGUUUUAUUUGCAAAGUACAUUGUUAAAGUGUAAAUGAUUUCUUUUAUUUUUUUAUCUUGAGUGUUUGAGGGCUAGGUUUGAUUCGUUAGUUUUGUAUUUUAUUACCAUUAUAUUUUAUUGACACUUAACUAUUUUGGAUGCCUCUUGGAUGAUGAUUACUCAUAACGUCCGUUAUGUAAAGGCAAAAAAUAUCAUAGGAUAUUUAAAAAUACUGUUAUAUGACCGAAAGUCUGAUAAAGAUUUUAAAUGAUUCAUUUGAUUCUCUUUAUUAGAUCAGUUUUUACAGUUAUCGUGUGUUUCUAAUAUUUGGGAUUUAUACGUUAAAUCAUUCUUCCAACGUGCUUCUAAAAAUUUGCUCUGCUCAUUUUUAUACCGUGUACCUCUGAAGAAAUGUUUCACACUGUCACUUGCAAGCUUGUGCACUGUGAUUUGAUUUUUUUUUUUUUUUUUGAUGUUGUUGUUUUUUCUUUUUUCAAGAAAGUUUGCAGAGCUUUGCAGUAACCACUGAUUGUCCUUUUAUAACAUGACGUAUGUUAACAGGACUGAUAGGGCACGUGACUCUGACAAGAGUUCUUAUGCCAUCCCUCAUUGCAUGACCGUCUGCUUGCCCAUCUCUGGCCUGAAUUGUGCGACCUCACUUGAGCCAGUUCAUGGCAGUCUGGUUGAGAAAUGGUGUCUGUUCUGGGUGCUUUCAUGGUACUUUCUAUAAUAUUUUAGAGAGAAUGGAAGAUAAUUUUGUUUGCCCACUGUACACAAGUUGUUCACUGCCAGUUUGCCCCAAAAAUGUAAAUCGUUCCAUGUAUAGCCUAUAUGGGGAUUUGACCCAUGACAUAGAAGUGUGGGUGAGCUUUACAUUGAUAAACAAAGAACAUGUUGUAAAUUGUGUUGUUCUAACACAUUUUGAUUAAACUCAUUAAAACAUUAAA